AUGACAAUCGAUGACAUAUACGAGCAGGUCAUACAGGCUGGCCUAGGUUGCACAGUCAUCGAGAGGGACAUUAAGGACGCCUUCCGAAUAGUCCCCGUUGCCGAGGAUAACCAGCACCUCCUUGCCUUCCAGUGGAACGAUUCUACUUAUGUCGAAUGCUGUCUCCCCUUUGGCCUCGCAACGGCACCCUUUCUCUUCAACAUCUUCGCCGAGGCUCUCCAUUGGAUACCCCAAUGCCCCCUCCCUACAUCCUAUAUCAAUCAUUACCUAGACGACUUCGUCGCAAUUACUCAGUCCCCCUUAGUGUCCGACCCUACGGGUCCCUUUGACGAGGUUUGCAACAGAGUCACCGACUACCUACGUAUCCCUCGCAAUACUAAAAAGGACCAGCAAGGGACCUGUGUUAUAGUCCUAGGUAUCCAGAUCGACUCUAUUGCAAUGGAAGCCCGCCUGCCGCUAGAAAGGUUGUGCCGCGCCACAUUGGACGCCGCAGCUGUCCUAAACGCAGCGAUUCUCUCACUCCAGCGAAUAGAGCGUCUCACAGGCUUAUUAGCCUUCUGUUCAAGAUUUGUCCGGCUUGGAAGGAGAAGGCUACAGUCUCUAUACACCUUCCAAGCCGCUUUCCCACAUGGGAGAAGCGCGCGCCGCCGUAUCCCUUACGAGGUACGUGACAAUUUUGAAUGGUGGAGGGACUCCUUGUCUCUCUUCAACGGCGUACUCCUGAUUGACCCCUGCCGCCGCACCAUCACGCAUCUCUACACAGAUGCCUCUAGUAUAGGCCAGGGGCUCUUCGUAUUCCCGUCCAAGUCUACAUCAGACUGCUGGCUGGCCCAUUGUCACCAGCUUCAUCCAAACAAUGCUGCCUCGUUGGCCCUUGCUCAAGACGCACAUGCGCACAUCAAUACCAACGAAGUAGACGCCAUUCUACAAGGCUUCCUACUCUUCAGGCACCAUUGGCUUCAUCAUACUCUCGUUAUCCACACGGAUAGCUCCACAGCGCAUAUAGGACUGAGUAAAGGCUUCCUUCAUGGUCCGCCCAACGCACCUCUGAAGAGCCUACUUAUCCUAGCGGCGGCGAGAGACAUCCAAAUUGUGCCACACUGGCUCCUUUCCGAGGAAAACACACUAGCAGAUGCACUCUCCCGUAAUAAUUUUCAAGAGGUUGCUAACAUUUGUCCCCACUGGCAGGACCUCUCGGUAUAUUGA